CCAACAACCGUCCCCGUAAUACCUGCUCUUCUCUCCACCUCCACCUCCUAGAGUAGACUGGAUCAAAUCCUACUUCUCUGUCUCUCUCUAAAUGCUGCAUCUCUGCUGGUCUCUCUGUCAAUCAAUCGAUCUCCUGUUGUUGGGUUCGAUUGAUCCUUUGAAGAGGUCUUCAAAUUUGCUCUAUCUUUAAUCUCUCCCAGCUACUAGUCAACAUAUACAAUAGUUGUGGCGAUUUGCUCAUCUCAACAGGUCUUUUCGUUUGCAUCACCAUCGUCUUUAUUUCCUCCCGCCUGCCGGGUCGUAACCCUCUUUGUUUCUAACCUAAUCUCUUGACUAGAUUUUCUUUGACAUUGGUCUCCCUCGUCGCCAAUAAUUCCUUGCUAGUUCCUUGUUGAUCACAAGAAAGAAUCGUCGUUCUUUGCGACGCGUCGCGUCCAUAAGGGCAUCAGCUAGCGCGCGCAUGGGCGCGUGAGCCAUGCAGACUCUAUAGCACCGAUCGAUCAGAUCGCGCCAGUGUGCUGUACUUGUAUCUCAGUCGAUCGAUCGGCCUUGGAGGUGUUGCACCGGCGAGCACCAUGCACGCCAACGGCCGCGGCGAGCACCACUCGCCGACGUCGACCAAGUCCCCUUCCCCCAGCGGUGGAGGAGGUGGUGCCGAGCAUUACUCUCCGUCAGCCAAGACCCCGCGCGGCGGCGGAGCGUCCCCCAAGCUACCGAGCAGCGCCGCCUGGCUGGUCGACAGCAGGUGGGCGCUGUCCGCGGCGCUCAGCCUCCUGCUGCUCCUCGCCGUCGCCCUCGCCGUGACGACCUUCUCCUCGUCCUCGUCGUCGUACAUCUCCGCGUCGUCGUUCUUCUCCUUCCUCCCGGCCAACCGCGCCGACUUCGUGGAGGCGCACGUCCAGGUGCAGCAGCAGAAACAGACGGAGGCCGCCACGACCCCGGCGCCUCCGCCUCCGCCCCCCGGCGCCGGCGUGCCGCGCCUGGCGUACCUGAUCUCAGGGUCCAAGGGCGACCUGGACCGCCUGUGGCGCGCGCUGCACGCGCUGUACCACCCGCGCAACCAGUACGUGGUGCACCUGGACCGCGAGGCCCCCGUGGCGGAGCGGCUGGAGCUGGCGGCGCGGGUGGCGAAGAGCACCGUGUUCCGGCGCGCUGGGAACGUGCACGUGAUCCGGCGCGCCAACAUGGUGACGUACCGGGGCCCGACGAUGGUGGCCAACACGCUGCACGCCUGCGCCGUGCUGCUCCGCCGCGGCGGCGACUGGGACUGGUUCAUCAACCUCUCCGCCUCCGACUACCCGCUCGUGACACAGGACGAUAUACUUCACGUAUUCUCGACGCUGCCGAGGAACGUCAACUUCGUGGAGCACACCGGUUACUUAGGAUGGAAGGAGGGGCAGAGAGCCAUGCCUCUGAUCGUCGACCCGGGGCUGUACAGGUCCAAGAAGCAGGACAUCUGGUGGGUCACGCAGAAACGGGAGCUCCCUACCGCCUUCAAGCUCUUCACAGGGUCUGCGUGGGUGGGGCUGACGCGCGACUUCGUGGAGUACUGCGUGUGGGGGUGGGACAACCUGCCGCGGACGCUGCUCAUGUACUACGCCAACUUCGUGUCCUCGCCGGAGGGCUACUUCCAGACCGUGCUCUGCAACGCGCCCCGCUUCGUGCCCACCGUCGCCAACUACGACCUCCACCACAUCCAGUGGGACGUCCCGCCGCGCCAGCACCCGCGCUCCCUUACGCUCGCCGACCUCCCACGCAUGGUGCGCAGCGACGCGCCCUUCGCGCGCAAGUUCCCGCGCCAAGACCCCGUGCUCGACGCCAUCGACGCCGAACUCCUCGGCCGCCCGCGCCCCGGCAACGACAGCGCGACGCCGUUUGUGCCCGGCGGGUGGUGCGGCGCCGACGCCUCCUGCGCCAGCGUCGACAACGACUGGGUGCUCCGGCCGGGCCCCGGCGCCGAGCGGCUGCAGAGGCUCAUGGACAGGAUCGUCAGGUCCGAGGCCUUCGCCAACAGGCAGUGCAUGUAGACAGAUACUAGCCUUCUACUGAUCUUGGAAUCCCUCCACGUCUGUACAAAAUCAUCAGCAGAGCAUACGUAGAGAUCAUGCCUAUACAUAAACCCUACUCGUUCCUUGUUAGUCAAUUUUCGAAAGGAGGGAAAAUACAUGCAGAUUGCGAGAUCUGAGACUCUGAUGUGAAUACUCUUCUUGGCCUACUGGUGUUUGAUCCCCUUCUUUUUCCA